GCCUGGUGUCUCGUAGCACGGCACCAACACGAUCCUCUGCGCUUCCGCUCUUUCUCGCUUCGCUUCCGUCCACAAUGGCCCACCGCAUAAUAACACAAGUCGUCUUCUCCGGCGCCCGCAUAAUCGGUCGAGCCGUGUCCGAGUCGUACCGUCAAGCCGCCGCCUCGCAGAAGUAUGCAGCAGCCAACCAGGGCGGCAAGGGUGGCGGCGCCUUUUCAUCUUCCAACAUCACCAUGGACGAGGCCUGCCAGAUCUUGAAUGUGGGUCCAGGAAAGAUGGGAACCAUUGAGCUGGAAGCCGUCACGGAGCGGUUCAAAAGACUGUUCGACCUGAACGACCCCAAGAAGGGCGGCAGCUUCUACCUGCAGAGCAAGAUCCUGAGAGCAAGAGAGAGGAUCGAGAGAGAGCUGCAAGGGCACCAGCGCGUGGCAGAACGAGAAAAGGAACUACGAGAGGGCUUCAAGCCAAAAUUCACCAAAGAAGACUGAGGCAGAUGCAAUCUAAACUAGACGAAGCGACAAACCUGUCCCAGGAGCCCGCGCCCUUGGUCGGGCUGUCAGGACUGCUGUCAUGACAGACACUCGGCUCUCUUUCCCUCGCUCGCUCUCUAUACACAGCGACAAAGGCGUGUCUUGAUGCAUUUGAGCGGCGUUUGGCAUAGCGUUUGGGCCUUCCUUGGGUAUGGGUACGGCGACGGCGCUCCGUGGUUGAGGGUGUAGUUUGGCUGGCACAAGCAUGCUUCUGUGUCUCUCCGCUCUCGCGUGUACAUGUAUAUUGUGUCUGAUAAUGUUCAACUACUGUAUCAUG